CAGACACAUCUUCAACUUUGACGUGAAGACAAGACCAGUCAUGAUCACGCUCUCCUUCCUGCUCUUCGCAGCUCUUUGCUUGGACGCAUUUAAGGUAGCAAAGGAGGUUUACUAUCAAGAUGAGAAGAUGAGCUGGACCGAGGCGAGGCUGUACUGCCAGAAGUACCACAUUGACUUGGUUACUUCUAAGGUAGUUGAAAAAGGGAAGCUGAUUACAUUUAUGAAGAACAAUGCUGUCGAACAAGUCUGGGUCGGUCUGCUCAGAGACCCUGAGAAAGACUCAGUCUGGAAGUGGAUAGAUGUAAAACGUGGAGACGGGUUUAUAGUAGUCAAUCCUUCAAAGAACUGUGGCGAUGGAGAGCAGAACCGUCACUGUGCACUUGUGUCAGAUGAUGAUUUAAAGUGGUACAGUGAGAGGUGCUCAAAUAAACAUGAUUUCUACUGCUCAGUACAGAACAACAUUCAACAUCACAACACAACCCUCACCUGGGACGAUGCUUCUCAGUACUGCAGGAAUAAUAUGAGUGACCUCGCCACCGUAACCAGCACAAACACAGAUCAACUAGAGGACGCUGGCUGGAUCGGACUGCACCAAGAGGCUGAUGAGACCUGGAAAUGGAUCGGCGAUUGGCCUUCUGACUACAGCAACUGGGCACAGGGACAGCCGCUCAGCGUAGACUGUGGCUAUUUUAAUUCUACCAAUAAAAAGUGGUCCAGCAAAGUGUGCUCCGAAGAGCUCGAGUUUUUCUGCUACGGUGGCGGCCUGGUGGUGGUGAACGAGAACAAGACAUGGGAGGACGCCCGGAGUCACUGCUGGAUGAUGGUCACCCCAUGUGAGCUGAACUGGACCUGCAGGUACCACCAUGAGCUCCUGAGCCUGGAACAGUUGUCUGACUACGACUAUGUCAGAGACAAGAUCUACAGCGCCACGACCGAUGAGGUUUGGACGGGCCUGCGCUUCCUGGGAGGAGAGUGGUGGUGGAUGGAUGGAAAGACGCCGCAGGACCACGGGGAGCUGCCAGACUGUCCGUCCCACUGGAGACACUGUGGGACGCUGUCCAAGAACGACACAAACAACUGGAUCACCAGGAACUGCUCUGAGAGAAGAAACUUCAUCUGCUCCAGACGUAAAGUCUGGUAUAAUUAGUCAUGUUUCAGAGCUUCUCAAUGCUCGAUCAUUAAUGCCUGAUCUGUCUGGUUCACAUACUAUAUUCUAUAGUGAUAAUACAAUAUAAUAAAUAUAUACGAGUGUGAAAGAAUAUUACCACACAGAGGGACUGAGGAUGUUCUUUGACUCUCUUUCACCUUUAUCAAAAAUAGAUGUUUUGUCGUAAAAAAAACAAAAACAAAACCUUCUUCCUCUUGUACUUGUGUGUGACGGUUCACACAUUUAAUGCUUGUGUAAUCUGUACUGAAGAAAUUCAAAUGGACAAGACGUAUCAAUGCAAAGUACUUUACACUACUUUGCAUUUAAACUCUCAUCAUUAACAUGAUUUGCUCCAGCUGGAUUCCUUCAGUAAGUCCCUAAAUGCUGUAAAUAAAACACCAUCUUUGCCUCAUGUCAUGUAUGUAACGUUCAAGAAGAUUAAAAUUUUGCUAGAAGAGUAAAGCUAUGAGUAUUAUAAAAGUUAAUGUGUCAACAGUGUUAGAUCUUUGUGGCUGACAGACUUAUGAAGGUUAUCAGCAGUCUUUGAGUCCUUUCAGUUCAACAACCACAUGAAAAAAACAUGUGAAGAUGCAAACAUUUGAAAAUUUAAUCCUCUGUAAAUAUGAAUGAACAUCCAGUUUUCUAAAGAAACAAACACAUUUUCAUUAGUUGGAUAUUCAGUUAACAUGAAUAGUGCACUUUUCUGACUUUAAUUUUGAGGAAUAUGAUGCUUACUGUAAUGCAACGUUAGCAAGAAAAGAAAAACAGCAUUCUUUUUAUACCACUUAAAGUACUGUUUGAGUGGUUAUAAGCAUU